CAAUGUAAAUCGAAAGAUUUUCUUCUCCACUUCCAGAUUCUCUAGCCUUGACACGCAGCUUUAUUCACGUACUCAUGGUGUUUUGUCGGCUGCUGUCCGCCGCGGUCUUCGGGUUUGGACUUGUGAGUUGGAGCGCUCUACCUUCAGCGCAAGCAGCGUUCUACGUGUGUCCUGAAGGAUGCGCUGCCAUGUUGCUACCUCGAGAUAUGGAGAUGAUCGACGACUGCAUUUGUGACGACGGAGUGGAUACCACAGCAGAGGAGGCGGCAGCAGACGCAAUGGACACUGGAGAGUUCAUCUGUAAAGGGCGAUACAAGUCCAAACGCGGUGCACCAGCCCCCAGAUCCUUCGCGGAUUGCGACUGCUACCAUCCGUACGAGAAGAACCCAAAGACGCAAGAAUGCGUCCUAAAUGGCUGCCCACGUGCAGGCAACUAUGAACCGAAGCCCGACAUGCUACAGGUCGAGUCGCUCGCUGACUGCACGUGCACAACGCCCUUUGUCAAAGUCGAGACUACUGGACAAUGUGUAGGCGCAGACGACGUCAAAGCACCAGGUCGUGCCUACCAAUGCCCACCCAACUCGACACCGACACCCGGUAUUGUACCGCAAUCAUUCACUGACUGUCACUGCAGCUGGGGCUUCGUACGCAACAGCCUCGAAGCUUGCGAACGAGAGCACGCCGCUUAUGUAUGUCCUGUAAACUCCAUCAAGCGGUCGGAUCUUCCGAUUGGGGAACGUCCUCGAGGAUUCUUUGACUGCGAGUGUCUCUCUACUGGAGACUACCAUCGAGAUGAGGAAGCACACGCUUGUUGGCCAGCAUCUUACAUGCAGGCUCGAAAGGCGAAGAGGAAACACAAUAACGUUCGGGAUACCGAAGUGGAUGAGUACGCCAACUUUGAAGUGGUAGACAGAGAAGCCACAGCGUACCAAUGCCCGCCAUUCUCUAGAGCUGUAGCCACCGUUCCGCACUCAAUCGAGCAGUGUCAAUGUAUCCCCGGAUACGCCUGGAAGAUGCCAGAGAUGACGUGUGUACGCACCUCUGCGUACAAAUGUCCCCAACACGCUUACAAACGCAACAAACUUCAGAAUUCCGAAGUCGAAACGAGCUUUGAGGACUGUGCGUGUGCACGUGGCUACUUCCUUGAUGCAGUGGCUCAACGUUGCGUUCCGUGGAUGUUAGCCAACUCGAACUCGUGUCCUCCGUUCGCCGUUCUCACUCAAUGGCCUCUACAGAGCAAUGCCAACUGCAAAUGCGUGUACGGACUCAACGAAACCAUUCACGAACAAGUGGACGAUACUCGACGCAACGCUGACGACCAAGAAAUUGUGAGGAAUCGAAAGAAAGAGUGUAAUUCGAGACCAGUAGAUGCAUCACGUCCAGAUUUCUCGCAGUGUCCACACGACUCAAUGGCUACAACGUGGCCUGUGGAGUCUGCAGAUGACUGCACUUGUCUGUCUGGCUUCGAGAUGGCUCCAUUGAGUGAACAAGAGAUCUCUCGUGGCGUAGGUGAUGGCUUCCACUGUAUGGCUACAUCUGAGAGUAAAAUACUCGCUGAUGAAGCAGCAGCGGCCUGUCGAGCACCUGGAAUUAUUCACUCGUUAAGUGGAGAGUGUCGUCUACCCGUUGAAGAAAUUCCAGAGCAGAAACUCACAGAUACCAAGCCAGAAGGCGUACUGUUCAAGGGUAUUGAGUAUCACUACGAACUCGUGGAUGACACGAUCAUGGUCAUCCAAGGUGACGUCGCUAUCGGUGAACGGUUUGUAUGGGACGACGUGGAUCCUGACGAUCCAGAAGAAGUGACAACUCGUAUUGAACACGUUCUGCAUGGCUACUAUGAUUCAGGGAGGGACCACCGAUGGCCACACGAACUCAUGUGUUUCCAAGUGGAUAAGAGCGCUCGCUCGUAUCUACGCACCUUGUUGUCAGCUACAGAGCACAUAACGCAUGCUACAGGCUUCAGAUUCCAUCGGUGUGCGGGUGAUAAUUGCCGUACUGAUACGAGCUGCAGAAGUCACGACUAUGUGGUCGUACAAGGCGUCGAGUCUUCUUGUUAUUCAUUCGUGGGACGUAUCGGCGGACCGCAACGACUAGGAGUGUCUGCAGACUGUGGACUUGGCAAUGUCGUUCACGUUUUUCUCCACGCUGUUGGGCUAAGACACGCAGUGGACAGAGCAGAUCGAGACGAACACGUACGUAUCGCGUGGGAAUGUAUCCCUGAGUCCAAGCGAAGUUAUUUUGUAGUGGAAGAAAUGAGCUCUGCACCCACUACGCGAGCGAAGGACCGAGUGCUGGAUCCUCCUCCGUACGAUCUCUUCAGUAUCAUGCACCAUCCAGUGGAUGCGUUCGUACACUCCGACUCUGAUGACACCAUGCCGCAAUGGUGUCCUAGUGUCGUUCCGUUGAUCGCAGACGACGAUAAACGUAUAGCAGUGAUGAAGAAGAUGGGCCAACGCGAACGAAUGACCACAACUGACGUCAAGUCUGUAUGGGCUUUAUACCCAGGGCUCAAGAAGAAGCACCACGACCAUCAAAAGUCCGGAGAGAGUGGAGAAGCCCAAGCCGAAGAACUGCACGAUAGUUUCUUGCAUACAGACGAAGACGCGGUAGAGACCGAGUCUUCUGGGUAUGGCGGACAACAUCGCGGCUUCGGCCAACGCCUGGUAAGUUUCUUGGGCGCAGUCGUGACGCUUGUGGGUUUCGGGGCAAUGCUGGCUUUUAUCACCACGGAGCUAAGACGACGCGCACUGCUGAGCUCUGGGGAUGACUAUUUCUACGAGGCGCCACUUAUUGACAGCAAGAACGACAUCUGAAGCCAUUUCCUGAGUGUACCGAGUCUAUAAUGCACAAAACAAACGUAACAAAUUCACAGAAGGUUGCAGUAUUUGAAGAAUCGUCAUCUUCACUCUAAAAAGUACUGGAAUGACGUUCCAUCUACUUGUCCUCAGCAUUUUCCUCCGUUGCCUCCUCGCUGCUGGCCUCGCCGACCUGCUCCGGCUCCUCCACCUUGGGCUCCGGCAGCUUGCCAUCUCCUCCUGCUAAUAUGUCGGCCAGUCGUGCAUUCACGUACACGUCCCCCUUGUCUGCAAGGUACUUGGCCAGCGGAAUCUGUGUAGAAAACAAAUAAAAAAAUCAUGAAUAAAACUCCACAACCAGCUACAGUCAGCUCCACGUACGUGCUCCUUGAGGAUGCCUCC